AUGAGUUCGCUUUGCAAGCUAAAGAGGAUGGUGAUGAAGGAGGUUAUUGCGAUUUCGACCCAGGCGACGGUGGACAAAACCGUGGAAGAAAACGUUAUCACAAACCCUGUUGUUCAGACAGACCAAAUAAUAACGCUACCACGGUGCCAAACAGACCCUUCAUGGAGCACAGAUUGCAAUCUCUUUGGAAGUGGCUUCGUUAUCGAUCAGGAAAACGACGAACGAAUCUUAGGAGCAAUGGCUGAGUACCAAGUCUCCACACCUCUCCAUGCUGAACUCGCAGCUCUAGUAUGGGCUAUGAAGAAUGCUUAA